CACAACGUGUUUGUAUAGGCAUUAUGAUUCAUAUAUAAGCUCUCUGUCUCAUUUUAUCCGAUUCUCUAAUACUUCAGUGCCUAUGUGUGUAGGAGGAUGUUGGAAUGGUAGAAAGGACAAUACAUACUUGCUCUGGAACCUGAUAGUAAUACGUCAGUGAGGUAAUACGUCAGUGAGGUCCUGAUGGCGUUUACAAUGGCAACCAUGGAUUGAUUGUCAGAACAAAAGUAUUAUUAAAAGCCAAGACUAGAAGAUGCCACCAUUGUCCCCAAUAUGCCUGAAUGCAACUGGAUGACAUGAAAGCGUGAGACAAUCCAAUGAUUAAUCGAUGAUAGAGUUGAAGCCCUUGCCGAUGAAGGACCCGCAUGUCAUCGUAACUGACCCGGAUGGAGUUGAGAAAGUCCCGGAUGAAAAUGGCGACGCCAGAAAUCACACAACGGACGACGAAAUUGUUUGUGAAGAGCCCCUGACACCGGAAGCGAAAGACGACGAUGAUGAUGACGCAGAAUCUCGGCGCGAUGUCGUCUGCCCGCGUCCGGACGCCACGUGCUUAUCCAUCACGUUCGGAACCACGUGCGUGCUUCAGCUCGUUGUCAUCGUUAUCAUGGCGUUUCAUCUUGGCGCCGUUCAGUACUGCAUGCACGGGAACAUCGGCACAACGAGGAAAAAAACGGACCCGGGCGUGUUCCAGGACCUGUCGUUUGAUGAAUUAAAGGCCGUCAGAGAUUUCAUGUUGACUAGUUCCGGUAUUGGAUUAACCCCAAUUGACCAAGCGCUUCCCAACAACAGUUACCUUUAUAUGAUUGACUUACACAUUCCACUGAAAUCGUCGGUAUUAGAACACCUAGACAGAGGCAGUAUUCGUCUGAAAAGGGCCGCAAAGGCGGUGGUAGUGCGCGGGGACCUUGACCCACCGCGGGUAGAAGAGUACCUCGUAUCAGCGCUACCAAAACCCUCGAGCAGCAGACUUGCGCGCAACCCUCUUUAUGCCCGGUAUCCUAUACCUUACACCAGCCGCCCAGUCGACCAGGUUGACUACAAGUAUCUAUUCCCUAUCCUCGAGGAAUUCACCAAACAGAUCUAUCAUGUUCUCAUUGAAAGUUAUGGCCUCUGCUACCAUAACUGCACCAAAGGCGUGAACUGCAUGGUGUUCGAGGAUGUAGCCCCUCGCGGUCGCGGGAGCGGGGAGCGGAACAGCUGGUUUCGCGCGUACAGGGAUGUGGACGGGUUCCUACUACAUCCGAUAGGCUUGGAGGUCCAGAUUGACCACAAAUCUACCAACUAUGCGAACUGGUUUAUCGACAGGAUCGCCUACAACGGCAACCUUGUUUAUACAGUUGAGGAUCUGCUUUCAAGAUACUUCAGCGGAACCUUUCGUAAAAGUAAAAUGGAUAGACCGGUAUUAUUUGAGGACGAGCUGUAUUCGUCGUACAAAAGGCGUGGUCCAUCAGAAAUGCCGACUCCAAUUCGACCGCCAAGACUGAUCGAACCUGAUGGGAACCGAUUUACCAUUAAUCAGCAGCACGUAAAAUACAUGCACUGGGAUUUUGAUGUGAGAAUGAGACCGUCAACAGGGCUGCAAAUAUUCGACGUACGUUUCCAAAGCGAGCGGAUAUUGUACGAAUUGAGUCUACAAGACGGCGUUGUGUUUUCGUCCGGUUACAGUCCUGGUCAAAUGAUGUCGGACGUGUAUCUUACGUCGUGGAUGAUUGGCGCCUCUUCAUUCGAGCUCGCGCGCGGUAUAGACUGCCCGGACACCGCGGCGUUUGUCGACGUUCAUCAUUUCGUUGAUUCCAGCGAGCCACUUCUGUACCGCAACUCAAUUUGUGUAUUCGAGCAAGAUCCCGCCAUACCGCUGCGACGUCACUACGCUAAUGAUCGCCGUAUGGGUUACACAGGCUACGGUGGUCUUGUGGCAUAUCAUCUAGUUGUGAGGCACAUUGCAACAAUUCAGGGCAGUGAUUAUAUAUUUGACUACAUGUUUAAGCUCAAUGGUGAAAUACAAAUUCGCGUCAGCCCGACGGGUUACGUUCAGGCGACAUUUAACUUUCCGUUUGAACGCCCUUUCGGUAAUCCGCUUCAUCAUGACGUCGUAGCUAACGUCCAUCAUCACGCAUUCCAUUUUAAAGCCGACCUUGACAUUCGAAGAGUGGAAAAUAGAUUUUCCGUUAUUGAAAUUGGCAAACAAACCCAAAGACAUUUUUGGUACCCAGGAAUAAAUCAAACGCAAUUUGUUAUACAUGAACGGGAGUGGAAACGAGAAAUGGACAUGCUAGAGAAGUCUUACGACCCUAAAAACUAUUAUGUGAUAUAUGACGAUUUUCCGAUGAACAAAUACGGUACCCCUCGCUCCUACCGCGUUAUCAACGAGGGAAAUACGGCGGCGUUUCCUUUGGAUGAAGUCGACAUCAUUAACGCUGCAAAAUGGGUGAAAUACCCGAUAGUCGUCACGAAAUACGACGAUAAUGAGGACCAAUCCAGCUCAAUAUACGCUCAAAACGACCCCUGGGACCCGGUGGUCGACUUCGACCGCUUCAUCAUUGAUAAUGGCACGAUACUUAACGAAGAUUUGAUAGUGUGGGCUACCCUGGGCCUCUACCACAUCCCGUCAACGGAAGACGUGCCCUCAACGUCGACCACGUGGCAUAGCGCGUCACUCAGACUGGUCCCUUACAACUUUUUUACGGAGUGCCCCAGCGUCUCCUCGCCCAAUACGGUCCAGAUCACUCCGGGAAAGGGAAACAGAAAUAAAAUCAACGUGAAUAUGUUUGAUUCGCCGGAAGACGUGCGGUGUGUUCCGCCUACGUUUGGGCCCCAUACGUACUACGGUUUCAGGGAUAACCAAUAACAUUUUGCGUACAUUUGCAAGCUUUUACGGAUAUGACCUCAAGAGAGCCAUAUGCAUGUUACACUUAAGCGAUUCUUUAUUUUCGUCGCCUUUUUCUGUAUUCUUGCGCAAUUUUAAUCGAAACAUGGAAUUAAUAAUUGAACACUUACGAUAGAUGGAUUGUACAAUGUGUUUACAUUAAACAAAUAUCAACUUAACAAUACACAUACAGUACGUGUACAUAGUAUUAUUAUCAUAUACAAUCAUUUAUCAUUUUUAGCAUUAUUAUUAUUAUUAUUAUUAUUAUUAUUAUUAUUAUUAUCUUAUUAUAUGCGUGUACAUAUACAUUGUAGCCCUAUUCCGGAAUGUGAAGCCACUAAAGAGCUCAAUUGACCAUAUAAUAUCAUAAAUGAACACCUUUGAGACAUUUAUCUUAAAAUUUAAUGUCUAUCCAACAAAAUACCAUCAAUAUUAUUUAGUGAUCAGACAUGUGCUUCGUUGCUGAUCAAUACUAGGAAGGAACCAUAGCAAACCUUACUUUUUGAAAUGUUUACUUAAAUUCUCUGCUGUACAGUAUUUUCUUUAUGAAAACACAGAACAAGUAAACACAUUUCAUAUCAAUCAUUUGAAAUAAAUAUUUCAAUAUUCGGCUUUUGAAAAUGUGCAGCUUUUGAAAAAUAAAUCUUUAAAAAAAAAUAAAAAAUAAAUACAUAUAAUUUUUAUAAAAGAUGAUGGGGGUAUCUAUAGGAAUGACCAAAACUAUAAAACAAAUAGGUGUAAGGAAUGUUGGUAUUUUUUAUUUUAUGUAUACUAUUUAGCCUUAUAUUUGACCCGCAUUUACUGCAAGUGUGCAUGUUACAUCUCAUUGUGUGAAUGUUACAUCUCAUUGUGUGCAUGUUACAUCUCAUUGUGUGAAUGUUACAUCACAUUGUGUGAGUGUUACAUCUCAUUGUGUGCAUGUUACAUCUCAUUGUGUGAAUGUAACAUCUCAUUGUGUGAGUGUUACAUCUCAUUGUGUGAAUGUUACAUCUCAUUGUGUGAGUGUUACAUCUCAUUGUGUGAAUGUUACAUCUCAUUUUGCCUUCUGUGAUAUUGUUCGCAGCAUAAUAUCAUUUCAAUUGUGUUAUAGUCAUCAUUAACAUAAAAAUCUAAUUUUA